UAUUUUACUUCCUGGAUUUUAAAAUCUUGUUUUUUGCAAAGGAUUAAGAGAAAUCAACAUAAUUUUAUAGGUUAUUUGAAAUGCUACUUUUAUUUAUUUUGUGACCAUCCGAUUAGAGAUGUCUUUUUAAUUGAGUGACAAAUUGUAACAAAAUUGAAAGCUGUGCAAACUGUUUGGUUUUGAUAAUUUUUAAAGUUUGAACUGUGGCAACAUAGAUUUAAAACAGAUGAGAUAAAACAAUGGGCGGAAUUCGAGUGAGAAAUCUUCCAAAAAAUGUGACAGAGAAACAUUUGAAGAUAUAUUUCUCCAAACGAGAGAAUGGCGGCGGAAAAAUCAAGAAAAUAUACUACCCACUCUUCAACAAUGAUGCUGUUAUUCUGUUUGAAGAUAAGAAAGUUAUUGACAGUAUUCUGAAGAUUGAACAUCGUUUUGUUGUACAGGAACUUCCAGAACACAUGGUAUUUUCCUCAGUGGAUGCAAAACUAGACAGCGAGGCAUCAGUGUUAGUUCUGGCGACCCAAAAUUUAAGAGAUGAAAUGGAGUACAAUGAAAAUAUUAGAAUAAAAGAAGAACAUGAUGGGACUUUGACAUUGACAGGGAACUGGUUCCAGCUAGAGUGGGCCUGGCACUAUAUUGACUGCUUCAUGCAACAACAAGAAGUGAUACAGCAUGAAAUAUCCCAGCAGCCUCAGCGAUAUGCUGGCCAACCAAUGGAAGUUGACCAGAGCAAUACGAAUGCAAACUUUGUUACUGCUGAACCACGUGGUAGAUCUCUGACUUCUCCUACCGAAGUUAACAGUGAUUUACGCAGAAGCAUUGCUGAAAGAUCCAGUGUGGAGGAAUCUCUUAGUGGAGUAAGGGAGAAGAAGAGGAAAGAUCAUCUCAGUAGUCAGUCUGAUCCAAAGUAUGAUGAUAUCCCGUCACUAAGCUUUCGAGAGCAAAAGUAUGAUGAUAUCCCGUCACUAAGCUAUAGAGAGUAUGGGAAAGAAAAUCAUUUUGAUGACCACAGGAGUCCUAAACCCCAUUAUGAUGAAGAUGACAGUGAUAAUGAGGAUUCAAGGUCAAAUCAAAGAUCAGAUUCUCUAAAGAACAUGAGGUCAUUGAGGGAAAACAUUGGUAGUGCAUAUAAUGAUAAUGGUCACCAGAGUUAUUUGUCGAAGAGUCAUUUACGUGACAGUAAUGAAGAUUUGGCGGGAACUGGUCAUAAAAUACCAUUAGACAGUAUGCCAAGUACAUUCAAUGAGGAUGUUUAUCGCAGGUCAGAAGAUGAAAAUUCAACAUUUAAAGCUUUCUCUGGACUACAUUAUUUGAGUCAGACUUCAUCAGAUAAAACAUAUAGUAAAAGUUUGAGAGAAAAUAGCAGCAGAAGGGAUACUGCGCAUCGUGAGAGUAACACAUCACAUGAUUCUUUAUCAUCUACACCAACUAGGGGCUUGCAUUCAAGUUCAUUAAGGAAAGAUAGUAUUGGCAAAUCAGGAAAGCCUUCAGUUGAUGCAGUGGACCAGUCCCUCGGAUUAAGUAAACCACGGUUACCAGCAAGAUCCAUGGAUAUACCCGAUAGGUAUACAGAAGAGCAGCUUUGUCACACGUUUGACAUUCGUGGGGUGAAGGUCACUAUUUACUUUGGUGACCUGGUGAAGGAGGAGACAGAUGCUAUAGUAAAUGCAUCAAAUGAGCAAUUAGAACAUUAUGGGGGUAUUGCUUAUGCGAUUCUGAAAGCAAGGGGAAGGGAAAUGGAAGAAGAAUGUAGAAAUUAUGUCCGUAAAAAUGGCAAGCUGAAGACAACAGAAGUUAUGUCAACAUCCGGUGGUAAGGAUAUUAAAUCAACUCACAUCAUCCAUGCUGCUGGACCUAUGUGGCUAUCAGAGAGCUAUAAAGAUAAGUUUACUAGCCAGCUGACACAGACCUUCCUGAACUGUUUUGAUUAUGCUGAUAAAAAGCUCUGGAUAAAGUCCAUUGCCUUACCAGUUAUUAGUUCAGGGGUGUAUGGUGCUCCACUAGAUACCUGUGUCAAUUUUCCUGACUUAAAAGGGGCGACCCGAGGUAGUACAGAUUUCUCUAAAACGUAUACUAAGGGCGCUUCCUUAGGUUUUGAUAGUAUUAACCCAUCUUCAUCUAGUGAAAAAUGGGCAAUACCAAUUUCAAGAAGGCGUUCCUCCUCGUUAAGUCGAGCAACAGACAAAAGUAGUGGAGAUAUAAGAAAAUAUGAUCCUCAAAAGGGAGAGUUUGUUAGUGAAACGAAAACAAAGCCAGAUACAACAACGGGAACCAGCAGUGUUGUUGGAAAACACAGGGAACGCUCUGGUUCAAUGAAUACAAGACCUAAAAAAGAUACCAGUCAAAGUUUAAGGAACACAAUAUCUGGAGCUACAGGAGAAAAAAUGUCUGAGUCCCUAAGACAUAAAACAAUGCUGUCACCUUCUUCAGACACUAGAAGUAACACCCCACCUAAAAUUAAAGCCUCUCUUCUCACUUCUGACAAACUGAAACUACAUAAGUCCUCUCCAAAAAGAUCAGAACAUUUCGGCCAGCGAACAAGUGACGAUUAUGGAGCAUUCACACAUGCUGGGAAAACCAAAGCAUCUUAUGGAAUGUACACAGAUACCAGUGAAGAUGAUGAAGAAUUUGGUUUAAAGAGUUUACCAGCUGACCUUCAUAAAUAUUCAUAUCGGGAGAAAUUUCUUCAGAGUUCAACUGGAAAGCCAGAAGUUUGUGCCAUUUGCCUUGAUGAUGUUAGAGAUCCUAAAAAGCUAGCAAAAUGUAAUCACAAGUUUUGUCGUGCAUGUAUUGAAAGACAUUUCAGGAGCUCGAAACCAAGUUGUCCGACAUGUGGAGCACUAUAUGGUAAAGUUACAGGUGAUCAGCCACGAAAUGGACGCAUGACGCAAUUCACCGACCGUAGCCGUUGCUUACCUGGAUACGAGCGUGAAGAUGGAAUGAUUGUCAUCACUUACACAUUCCCAGAUGGUAUGCAAGAGUCCUGCCAUCCGCAGCCUGGACGUAGCUACAAAGGUAUCACACGUAAAGCCUUCUUACCAAACAAUACCGAGGGGCGGGAUAUUUUACGUCUGCUCAAAAAAGCCUUUGAUGCUAGACUGGUCUUUACAAUAGGUGACUCCAGAACAAGUGGAGAUAGAAAUGUACUAACAUGGAAUGAUAUUCACCAUAAAACAAGCAUUGGAGGAGGCCCUACAAGAUUUGGAUACCCAGAUCCAGGUUAUCUUCAGCGAGUGAGAGACGAACUUGCAAUCAAGGGCAUCACAAGUGACAAAUAGGCUGCAGAGCAGAUGUCAUUUAUUAACCAGUCUACUCUAGUGUUAAAAGCUGUUCGACUUUUGGACCUUCAGCCUUAUAUACUAGUUAUAACUAAGCUGCAGGAAGUACAGUUGGGAUACGUUGUCUGUACAUUUAUACUGUUAACUAGCUACUUCAUGUACAAGUGCUCAGCUGUACAUAAUAUUAUAAAUGGAUAGAAAGUUGGAUAGGGAAUCUGCUGCUAAAAGUUGAAAAUGGUUUUUGAAACAUAAAAGUUAACUGUUACGAUAUAUAAUACAUUUUUUAAUUUUUAAAUUUUAAAGUUUUUAUUGCUUGACAAAAAGUUUAAGAAUGAUUAAAAUAUCA